AUGGAAGACAAAGGUGAAUUAUUUACAACUCGCAUGAGAAAGGCGACGAGAAAAAUACACAACAUUAGUGAUGCAUUGGUGAACGCGAAGUUCGCUCUUUCACUGCGAGAUGAAGAAGUAUGGGGCGGUGGUCUUUUCAUAUUCUACCAUGUGUUUGGUUUCCUCGAAGAUGCUAAAGCAAGGCUGAACAUGCCAGACUUCGAUAAGCUGUUCGUCAAUAAGGUUUUAUACAGAAAGAAAGCAUUUGAAGAUGAUUUAACACAUUACUUGGGCGAAAAUUGGAGGUCUAUACCUAAGGCGAUGGCACUAGACAACUACAUAGAACAUCUACAGGAGUUGGAGAGAUCAAACCCAAGGCUACUGAUGGCAUACGUCUAUCAUUUAUACUUGGGGCUCCUUAGCGGUGGACAGAUUCUGGCUAAGAAACGAAAGAUGUUUGGCGAUGAAAACGCCAAAACAGAAAUAUACACGGAUAAAGUAACAGACUUCUCUGGAACGGACAUAGGUCAGCUAAAAAAAGAUUUCAGACAAGCAAUGAAUGAGAUAGCAGAUACAAUGACUGAGGAAGAAAAGGACGCAUUUAUUGAGGAGAGCAACCAAGUGUUUGUCAUGAACAAUUUGAUCGUCAACUCGGUUGGAGGUCAGAACAAAGUUCUAUAUAACAUGUUGUAUAAAUUCUCAGCUGUUGUGCUAAUUGUAGCUGGUGUUGUUACGGCGUAUAAAAUGUAUAAGUAA